GCUCCUGGCCCAGAGCCGAUGAGAUGAGGCUACGAAGCAUUAAGUGCGACGUGGGGUCUUUUGGUUUGGACUCUGAGCAGGCCUAGGAGCUUCAUGUCUUACAAAGGCGAUUUAGGCUUCAGGAAACAUUUCGACGACAGCUCCAUAGACCAAGGUCUUUGUUGCAUGAACCAGCUUGUUAACUGCAACUGUCUGGCCCGAGUGCCAAUUGACAACCAAACUACACCGUAUUCUCCUGGCGUCAUCUCCAAAUCAAUAUCAUGGCUUCCGCCGUCUUCUUCCUCGACCUCAAUGGCAAGACCCUGCUGUCCCGAAACUAUCGUGGUGACAUUCCCAUGUCAGCAGUCGAAAAGUUCCCUAUCCUCCUGAGCGAUGCCGAAGAAGAAUCAUCCGCCGUUCCACCAUGCUUCUCGCACGAGGGAGUCAACUAUCUCUACAUCCGACACGACAACCUCUACCUCCUCGCCCUGACGAAACGCAAUACAAAUGCCGCCGAGAUCCUCCUUUUCCUGCACAAGAUCGUCGAAGUCUUCACCGAAUACUUCAAAGCACUUGAGGAGGAAUCCAUUCGAGACAACUUCGUCAUCAUCUACGAGUUACUGGAUGAGAUGAUGGACUUUGGUUACCCACAAACGACCGAAUCGAAGAUCCUGCAAGAAUACAUUACACAAGAAUCACACAAGCUCGAGAUCCAAGCGAGGCCACCGAUUGCAGUCACGAAUGCCGUCUCAUGGCGAUCAGAAGGCAUUCGAUACCGGAAGAACGAGGUGUUCCUGGACGUGGUUGAGAGCUUGAACCUCUUGGUAUCGGCAACAGGCAACGUGCUACGGUCAGAAAUUCUGGGCGCUAUCAAGAUGAAGUGCUAUCUUUCGGGCAUGCCGGAGCUGCGGUUGGGUUUAAACGACAAGGUCAUGUUCGAGACUACGGGUCGAACGACAAGAGGAAAGGCCAUCGAGAUGGAAGACGUCAAAUUUCACCAAUGUGUGCGAUUAUCUCGCUUCGAGAACGAUCGCACAAUCUCUUUCAUUCCUCCUGAUGGUGAAUUUGAGCUCAUGAGCUACCGGUUAAACACCCAAGUGAAGCCCCUAAUUUGGGUCGAAUGCGUUGUGGAAAGCCAUUCGGGGUCGCGUAUAGAGUACAUGCUCAAGGCCAAGGCGCAGUUCAAGCGGAGGAGCACAGCAAACAACGUCGAGAUCAUCGUUCCAGUGCCAGAAGACGCCGACUCACCGCGCUUUCGGACUAACAUUGGAAGUGUGCAUUAUGCGCCGGAGCAGAGCGCCAUUGUUUGGAAGAUCAAACAAUUCGGUGGCAACAAGGAGUUCAUGAUGCGAGCGGAGCUGGGCCUCCCCAGCGUCAGGGGUGAUGACGAGCACGGAGGAGGCAUGACGGGUGGCUUCGGUGGCAGCAUGGGCGGAGUCAGCUCUGGCAAGGGCGCCAAGAGACCCAUCCAGGUCAAGUUUGAGAUUCCCUACUUUACGACGAGUGGCAUCCAGGUGCGGUAUCUGAAGAUUACGGAGCCAAAGUUACAAUAUCCAUCACUGCCAUGGGUGCGAUAUAUCACUCAAUCUGGAGAUAUUGCGGUGAGACUGCCGGACGCGGUAUGAUGAGCGGCAUGGGCAUGGUGGAUGGGGGACCGGGGGGAGAGUUCAGGGUCCAGAGGAAAAGCGGGCGCCUGGGCGAACGAACUAUUGCGAGCGACAUGUCUUUAGAGCAGCACGGGAAGACUCCGAGAAAUCAA